AUGCGCCCCGCGACUUUCCUCGCCGCCCUCGCCGGCACCGCUGCCAUUCCGCUCCACCUAGCUCCACUCCCGCGCCUGUUUGUUCAGCGCGCAGAGGUCUCGCCGCCCCCGUUUGAGCUACCCGUCGAGCUUGCCGCGGCGAACAGUGGUGCCGUCAUCACACCCAAGCCUGAGAUAGCGGACUCGGGCGCACACGACAAGGCUGUCACCAACGCCACGGCAGCCCCUGCCGCUGUCUACGCCGCGACAACCGGCGGCGCGGGAUUCACUGGUUCUCACAACCCCGCCAAGGCGCACCAGUCCGGUGCACCCCACCAUUCCAAGGGCGGCAGUGGCGGCGCGCCGCCAGCGUCCGUUGUCCCCAACGCCACUGGCCCCGGUCUCCUCACCAAGUCGUCGUCAAAAUCGUCGACCUUCAACGCUACGGACCGCAAAGGCAAGGGCAAGGGCAAGAAGGGUAAGGGCAAGGGUCACUCUGGCUCUGGCUCUGGCUCUGGCUCUGGAGGCAGCUCGGGCAGCAGCUCAAGCUCAGGCUCAGGUGCAGGCUCCUCAGGCUCUGGAUCCUCUGGUUCUGAAUCCUCUGGCUCGGGCUCCUCGGGCUCCUCGGGCUCCUCUGGCUCCUCUGGCUCCUCUGGCUCCUCUGGCUCCUCUGGCUCCUCUGGCUCCUCUGGCUCCUCUGGAUCCUCUGGCUCCUCCGGGUCUGGAUCGUCCGGCUCAGGCUCCUCUAACUCGGGCUCCUCUGGCUCCUCUGGAUCGUCCGGCUCAGGAUCCUCUGGUUUGGGCUCCGGCUCCGGCUCUGGCUCGGGCAGCGGCCCAAGCGGCGGCUCCAACGACUUCGCCACGGGCGUCGCGACCGGCGUUGCUACGGGCGCGGCAGCGAUCGGGACGACGGCCGGCAUCACAGCGGCGACUGGCCAGGCGACGAGCCUCGCGGCCAACGUGGACGCCGCUACGGGCGGUGGGUGCGCCCCCACUGGCGGUGUCGCUGCUGCCACUGGCGGCGCGACUGGCGGCGGCGCGACUGGCGGCGGAGCUACUGGCGGCGGCCUCACUGGGGCCGUCGCUGCCGCUACUGGAGGUGGAGCGACCGGCGGAGGCGCGACGGGUGGAGGAGCGACUGGCGGCGGCGCUACUGGCGGCGGAGCGACAGGUGGAGGUGCCACUGGCGGCGGAGCAACGGGUGGCGGAGCGACCGGCGGAGCCACUGGCGGCGGCGACACCGCUGCUGCCACCGCCGCCGCGACUGGCUCAGGCUAA